AUGAGAUGCUGGGAAACAGGGCGGUUUGUGCCAGGCAAACAUUUAUCGUAUUGGCCAGCCGUUUUUCCAUGCCGAGUGAGCAUAAAUGGGAGGGGUGUUGCCUGCCGCAAAUUCAGCGGUAGGAAAACUCUGAUAUAUGAACACAUUGUUGGUGAGGACUUCUUAACAAGGAAAGGGAACUCCAUCAGUUCGCUUUUUAAUCACAGCUACGUCAAUGAAAAAAUAUACGAGAUAAAUUCCCUGUUGAAGGGUUGCCAUGUUAGCUGCGGAAAGCAAGAUGGAUUCUCCAACCAGGGGGGAAGUCACAACGAACACAUUGAUCAGGUGAUUAGAAAUUUGUACCUACUAUGUGUGAAGGGCAAAAUUGAUACGCCUGAUGAUCGGGUUAGGUACUAUGUGAACUUCGUUUUGGGCUACGUGAAUGACUAUCUGGAGGAUGCCCCCAUGGGGAAAGAAGAGAAACAAGGAAGGGAAAAGAAAUUCGUGAGCAUCAAGAGCUAUAUGCUCCUUCUGGAUAUCCUAAAAACUCUCCAUAUGAAGGAAGAAUAUAGCAACUUACUCAAACACGUUAGCGAGAACAUCCACUUUUUUUCUGUAGACGUUGUGAAAAGAAUUGCCUUUAACUACGACUUGAGUGAACGGCACCAUUCGGACGGAAGUGACCAUUCUGGCCAAAGUGACAACCUGAGGAGAAAUGUCUUUUCCUUUUUUAAGGAGGUCAUACGCUACAUGUAUGGGUUGAUUCAGUCUGACAGCGAGCUCUACUACAGGGAGAUAGACAACAUGAAUACGUGCAUCAAUAUAUGCACACAGUUUUUUUUCGCGAAGAAAUACUGCCCACAGAGAAGAACUUACCAUUAUGAUGUAGAUGAGGAUGUCGUUUACCUGUACAGUAUGAAUUAUAUUUACAUAAAACAUAUUGCCACGCUUGGUGAUAUGGUACGCUCGAAGGGGGGGUCCAUGGAAGGUGACACCUCCCCACGGAACUCGCUUAACAGGGGGUUGUUGCCCCGGUCACCCGUGGGUAACGUGUCUUCAGCGAAAUACGAAUGGGAAGAAGGCACAUCAGGUAACUAUGGCAGUCACAUUGGGGACACACUUGGCAAGCUUAGAACUCAAACUGAGGAUAUGCAAGACAGUUGUGCGGAGAAGGAUACCGGGGGAAAUUCCUUCCCCCCAGAGAUCGUACGAAGGCACACACAACUCACGGAAGAUUUUCAUUUUAACUUCCACGCAGUUGACACAAUUUACGUUCUGUACAACUUCUACACACACUUACUUUUGAAGAAAAAAAAACAAACAAGCAAGGAACUUGUAUUCCUUUUUUUCCCCGAUGUACGAGAUAACAUUACGGACAUCCUGCUCAGCUUCAUUCGCACAUUCACAAGGGAGAUCAGCCAAAAUAAAGGGUUAACAAAUAAAAAAAUAAUCUCCUCCUUGGAGAGAGUGCUAAUACUGGGGUCAGCCUUCGAGGUCCCCUUCUCCUUGAAGCCCUUCAUACUUUACCACUGCAAUGUUUUGCUGUUGAACAAGUUUGACUUAUCUGUGCUGGACAACGUAAAAUUGUUAGCCCUUCUGAGGCAGCUCCAGUGGGGAAGCGCUGCGGGGGAAGAAAUGGAAGUGACCGAAGCGUUGCUUCAACAGGGCGGCGACAACUCCUUUGACCAGCUAGCCAAAAUGGACAACCCUACCGUGCAGGUGGAAAAAAAAAAAAAAAAAAAAUCCCCCCCUGAUCAGUUGCACACACAGCGGGAUGAGGUAAAUACAGGGGAUACCGCUGGAUGCCAAACGAGCAGCCACCUCUUCGUGGAAAACUUGAUAAAGUUAAUUUUUGACAACUUAAAAAAAUGCCUACACAACGCAAAGGGGAACGACCUGUGCAUGCUGAUGCCCGCAGUGUACGCAUACCACAAGUACAUGGAUGAGGAAUUAAAAAAUAUAUUAACCGUUCAGGUGAUUUACAACAAGGAAAAUAUGAACGCAGCGAACAUGGUGAACAUUUUACGAGUGUUUUGCAAAAUGGGAUAUAGGAAUGAACUUAUAGACAAGUUUGUAUACAACAACAUGAAGUUUUUAACUCAUGGUAAAGACAACAGAUGGAAGGAUAACAAGUGGAAGGAUAACAAGUGGAAGGAUAACUCCCCUGUUGCAGAAGGGGACGAUACACAAAAUGUGUGCUUUUCGUGUCCCAAGUUAUUUCUCCUCUUUUUUUAUUACAAAGGUAAAAAUGGCUUAUUCACCUACAAGGAUAUUUACUACGUGGAGAAUUACAUUCAGAAUUGCUUUUUCGAGAUGAGCAUCAAGGAUUUUAUUUUCCUUUUGUUGAUUUAUUCCAAAAAUGGAGUAUUUUUUUUGCCCCCAUUGUUGCUUAAAAUUUGUGCCAUUUUUAACAACGGGAAGAAAUACAUACAUGGGGAUGACCUCCUCUUUGGGUUGUUUUUACUCGCGAAAAAUUAUCACUCUCUUGCAAGUUCUGCGGAUGAGAGAGGUACACAGGAUGGCUUUGCGGGUCAGCAACCCCCCAGCAUCAUCGACAAAAUUAACCUGUUCAGGAAGAGUCAGUACAGUCAAGUCCAUAUAGACAAUUUUGUCAACACCAUGAACGACGUGCUACUGUACCUGUACGAUGAUAAGCUGAUUAACUGCAAGGCGGACGAGGUGAGGCAACUGCAGGGGGGGCAAACAAAAACUGAUGAUUUGCGCGCUGAAGAGGAAGAAACAGAUAAACGUGUAAAUAGCAUGACUGUUGGGAGCGAUAAUUCCUUUCUUCACAUCCCAAGUGAAACGAAAAACAAUUGGAAGACCAUCUUUAACAGUCUAAACUAUUUCGAUGUUUAUUCUCCCGUUUACUUUAAAAUGCAAAUGUCUUACAUAAUGCAAAACUGCGUUCUUGAUUUCUCCCUGCUCAAGUACACACUGCUUAGCCACGUUUUUGUCAGAAGGGAAAUGCCCAGAGAAAUAAAAAAUCGUCUGAAAGAAUACGUCGCAAGGAACUAUGAGACCUUUCCGCCCCCCCUUCAGGUGUUGUGCCUUAAAUAUUGCAAUUAUUUUUUGGACCUAAAUGGGGUCAAGGAGCAGGCAGACCAGGGGGAGGAUCACCCAUUAUUUAACAAAAUGGUGAAUGGUGCACUUUCCAAUUUGUCACAUAUGAAGGCUAAGCAUUACCUUGACAUGUACAUAACCAUCUGCAAAAAUAAAGUCCGAACAAAGCAGCAUUACAUUGAGCUAUUUAAUCACAUGAACAGACAUGCGACUCACUACACCGGUGAGCAGCUCAUGCUGAUCCUAUUUUACAUGUACAGGACAGGCUAUAGCAAGCCAAAGAUAAGAAAGAAAAUACGAAAUUUAAUUUUACUUUAUCACAAGAAGAGGAAAAUUGACCUAGGGGCUUAUGUCAAAUAUGUGUUGCCUUUGGACGAGUUCGGCAUUUUCCAUCUCUUCCCGGUGAAGUUCCAGCGGUGGCUAUACGACCAGGUGACGAGGCAGGAAAACAGCGACGAAUCCCUGACAGAGGAUGUGCGCGCAUGUGUACGGGAACCUCUACCUGGUGAAGCGGUGGAGGUCGUUCGCACAUCCCUGGCGAAGGAGCGCGAGGAAUGUAGCGUCGAAUCGAAGGAACCAAAGGAAACGAAUGUGCAGCAGCACGCACCCAUUUACAUAUUCGAACAGAUGGUCAAGAGUUACUAA